CGCGGGAUCGGAGCUGCGCGGGCUGCUGCGGAGGGACGGUGUCCUAGCCAAUGGGGUCUUUAAGGCGAACGCGAGGCUGGGGCCGGUGGCCGACCAGCCGCGUCUCACAGAGGCAGUCCACGCUUUUCCCCCGGCGGUGGCGGCUCCGAGGCAGUAUCUGUCAACGCUCCUCUUUUCCCCUCCUCCUUCGGCCGGGCCGGGCUCCGCCGGCGGCGGCCGAGAGGACGCGGGACCCGGCGCGGUGAGCCCAUCAGCUGUCAGGCGAGCGGCGUAGCUGCCGGAGGGCGGCGAGAGACACACAAAGAACGCGGUGGGCGGCGGCGGCAAAAGGGGGCGGCAAAUUCGGGACUGCAGCUCCUCGCCUCGGCUGCCUGUGCCACCGCCGCCCGGGCUUGGUCCGAGGCGGCGCAGACAAUGCGGCCGGGCUCGGCCCCGCGCGCCCCAGAGUGCAGGGCGCCCGCGCCUCCCCGACCCCAACUUGACCGUCUCCCGGCUUGCCCAGCCCCCUCCCGGGAUAGGGGCGCCCCCUCGCUUCGGCGGCCAGCGAAGGAAGUCGGUCCGCGGCCGCGGAGCCCGGCAACUUGCGAGCCGGGAAAAGUUUGCGGCGCCUCCGCGGGGCGGCGCGACGCGGCCCGCCCCUCGGGUCCGCGGUCACCGCGGGUGACUUUCUCGACUCGUCGUCAGUCGAGGCCGCAGCGCGGCCGGCGGGGACUGCGGGGAGGGCCGGAGUCCGUCCGAGGGCUCCCGCACCUCGGGCUGCGGAUGUCAUGUGCUCCACUGGACAUUUUCUCUUCAUGGAGCUUAUAG